UUCCAUUCAGUCGUUGCGUGCCAUCCGAGACUUGAAGGUGCGCGUGUGAGUGCCGCGUGUUCACGUGUGUGGCUAAUUUUUGUGUACACCGUUCUGUCAAUUUGUGUAGUUGUGUGUGUGUGUGUGUGUGUGUGUGUGUGUGUUUCUCUUUCUUCAAAGGGCUGCGGGUGUUUAGUUAAUUUGGUUCCGCGUGCCGUGUACUUGGUUUUCUCGCAUUCGAUCAACUUGUUUUUUUUUUUUUGAAGUGUGGGGGGGAGGACAAGGAAAAACGGAGAUUACCUAGCCAAUUGCUUCCGGUACCGGAUUAUUUGUGAAACGGUCUAUAUACUGCGUGUCCGGCUUUACUGUGACGGACAAGAACAAACAAAACAGUCGAAAAUCCAAAUACAAAUCAAACGAAACAAGAUGGGACGAAUGAAGUGGUUCAAUUUGUUCGUGACUCUAUCAAUUCUAGCGAUUCAAUCCGCUUCGGCUAUCCAAUGGCUGGCCUUGUCGAGAUCGAGCGCCGUGGCAUCGGCGAUCGGGACGCCCUUCAUCUGCGACCAACUGGCCGAAACGCUGGACACGAAGCAAGUGCAAUUUUGCAAGAAGCACCCGGGCUUCAUGAUGAGCGUCCAAACGGGCGCCAGUCGAGCCAUCGACGAGUGCAAAUUCCAGUUUCGUACGAGACGCUGGAAUUGUUCCACACUGGACGAAACGGCCGCAGCGGCAACCAACGGCCGACAGCUGCCCACCAUCGUACCUUUGGCCGGUAUGCCGCAGGCAUCUACCCGAAGUAAAAAGAAAACCGCCAAAGUUAGCCGCGAUCUUUACUCCAACGUGACGCGAAGUGACGGCCCUUACAAAGCCAAACCUCCUAAACCACGGAAAACAGCAUCGUCGCCCUUCGGACCUAACCCCGUUGUACCUGGAGGGACUCGGGAGGCGGCGUUCGUGCACGCCAUUUCAGCAGCCGGAGUGGCGCACGCCCUAACUAGGGCCUGUUCGGCUGGCGAGCUGGACGAUUGCGGAUGCGAUAGAACCGUCCGCGGAGCUUCGCCCGAAGGUUUCCAAUGGGCCGGUUGCUCUGACAACGUCCAUUUCGGCACCAGCUUUUCACGCACAUUCGUCGAUGCUCGAGAACAUCGUUUCUCUAAACGCAAGCCGAAAGCCAAUUUGAACGGCACGGCGGCCGUUCAGCAGCAAAUGCAAAUCUGGCGCGCUCUUAUGAACCUGCACAACAACGAAGCCGGACGCAAGAUCAUCGAGAAGAGCAUGAGGAUUGAAUGCAAAUGCCACGGCGUGUCAGGUUCGUGCGAGCUGCGUACCUGCUGGAAAGCCAUGCCAUCUUUCCGCGAGAUUGGCGAGCAGUUGAAGGAGAAAUUCGAUAGCGCAACUGAAGUCGAGCCGCGGACGUCGCAUUCCGGCUCCCGACGCCAUCUAGUGCCACGCAGCCCAACUUACAAGCCGCACACAGACGCCGAUCUGGUUUACCUGGACCGUUCUCCCGACUAUUGCGAAUACGACUCGAAAACCGGAUCACUGGGCACUCACGGAAGACCCUGCAACAAAACGUCAAAAGCCAUCGACGGUUGCGACUUGUUGUGCUGUAACCGGGGCUACAAGAGCCACCGGGAAAGGAGGGCCGAAAGGUGCAUGUGCAAAUUUCAUUGGUGCUGCUCUGUUCAUUGCAAAACAUGUCUACGCGAAGUCGAAGUGCACACUUGCAUGUGAACGGCUGCGCAUCAUCGAACGACAUUUCAAACUGUUCUUGAAUUUUCAAUUGUGCUCCGCAUAUAUUUUUAAAACAGGAGACAACUGUUUUGCUGUUGUCGCACACCUUUCAUUUUCAACUUGAUCAUCUGAAUAUUCCCUUCCUUUUCUUUGAAAUCACACAUUUUUUUUUUAAAAUAAUUGUCAAUUAUUAUUAUACUAUUAUAACUUUUAAAAAUUAUUUUCCCAGUUUUUAUUUUAUUAUUAUUAUUUUUUUUUUCAUUCUUCAAAUCUCAGUAUUAUAAAAUCGACGAACAACCGCGCAGAGCAACCGACACGCCAGUUUAUAUUCAAAUUCGUUUCCCGCAGAGAUUGUUGUUUGUUUUGAAUUCAUUAUUCAACCUCAUUCACACACCGUCGUCAAACCCACAUGUGUGUUUUCGUCUGCGUAUACCCUCUAUACCUGUGUCUGAAUGCGUGUGUGUAUGUGUGUGUGUGCGUGUGCAUAUUUCUUAUGUAAAUAAAUUUUACUAAUUUCUUUCCUACAAAAAAAAAAAAAAAAAAAGAUAACAGCGGAAUGCAUAAUGACAAUUCCGUUUGAAAUUAUUUAGCACAUUUUUCCGUUAAAAAAACAAAAAAAAACAAAAAAAAACAAAAAAUAGAAUAAAAAUAAAAACACGAAUAAAGAAGAAGUAAAAUAAAAAAAAUAAUAAUAAUAAAUAAAUGAAAAUGGGUAAACUGUAUAGGAUGUUAUCUUUUUUUCCUUUUACUCGGUGUCGAAGCGGUUUCUUUCAGUUCGACCUGCCAUUAUUAUUAUGAAAUAUAUUCACCCUUCCCUGGAAUUCUGCUAACUUUCUCUUUUUUUUUUUUUUUUUCAAUUUUCGUUUUCCAAUCUCCUCUCGUCACUGUGAAAAUGUGAAUUCCGUUUUGACGUAUUUCUUUUUCACUGCCCUCUUCUUCUCAGCCCCACAGUCCCAGUUCUUGUUAUUCUCGAAAGCCCACACAAAUUCAUGAUAAUAUUUCCCCCUUUUUUUUGCCGCCCACCCGCCGUCCCUCCCCGCCUCUUUUCAAUGUCUACCUUAUUUCUGUGUGUAUAAAUGCAAUAAAUAACACCUGUAUUUUGUUCCGAGA